UUUCCCUUCGGUUCGGACUCAACGGAGGGUUUUACUGUCAUAGAAAAUUAUGCUCGAACAGCUUUCAAGAUUUUAGGCGGUAGCAGUGAUGGAGAAGGCGAAAAAGCAAGUGCUUCUCUUCACUGUGUGGAGUCUGAAGAACUUGCCCGCAAAAUCGCUGCUUAAUCUGAUUGUAUAAAACUUCAAUCUAUAAAUUGGAGGAGCUUUGAUGAUGGGUUCCCAAACCUUUUCAUUAAUAAUGCACAGGAUAUUCGAGGAAAGAUUUUAUUUUGGGGAUCAUGUUCUGCCUUGUUUUGAAACUGGAAUCCCUUUGUUGAAAUGAUGUCUUCAUGAGCUCCCUGAUGCUGAUAAGAUCUGCAUUGCAUUUCCAGAUGAUGGAGCAUGGAAGCGAUUUCACAAGCAGUUGCUACACUUUCCCAUGGUUGUGUGCACAAAGGUUCGUGAAGGUGAUAAGAGGAUAGUUCGGCUCAAGGAGGGAAAUCCAGCUGGUCAUCAUGUAGUUAUUGUUGAUGAUUUAGUGCAGUCAGGGGGGACCCUUAUCGAGUGCCAGAGAGUUUUGGCUGCUCAUGGUGCUGCAAAGGUUAGUGCUUAUGUCACCCAUGCUGUGUUUCCCAAGCGGUCAUUUGAGCGCUUCACUCAUAAGAAUGAGGAGGCCUCAGAGACAGUAUUUACCUACUUUUGGAUCACCGAUUCUUGCCCUCUUACUGUGAAGGCCGUAGCAAAUAGGGCACCUUUUGAAGUUUUGAGUCUUGCAAGAUCCAUUGCAGAUUCCCUUCAAAUCUAAACUGAAUGUAGAAGGGGCUGUUUAGUAGUGGUUGAAAUUGAUCUGAUGUUAACUUUUACGGAGAUUAGGAGGCAAAUAUUGUUCAUCUUUCAGGGACACAUCAGACAGCCAUUACUACUUUUUGGUUAUAUGAUCAGUUGUCCACGAUCAUUUUGACAUGAUUGUUAUUUAUCACUGUUAUAUCUCAAACUAAAUAGAUAAUUGUUUCAGUUGAAUCUUUUUUUCAA